AUGGAUCUAAACUGGAAAGAACUUUUCGUUGGUGAUCUCCCCGGCUAUGUUGAUGGGAAUUUCAUCAAAGAGCUUUUCAGGGAGUACGGAAACUUCCCAUCAGGGACAAUCACAGUCAAGAAGCAUAAAUCUCUUGACAAGUCCUUUGCUUUUGUCACAUUCGAAUCCCACGAAUUAGCAAGACGUGCUCUUUUGGAAGUCAACUACACGAAACUCGAUGGUGUUCCAAUCCGUAUUCUUUGGUCCGAUCCAGCUACAAAGAGAGCCAUCAAAAAAGACUUUUGUACUCUCAUCAUCUUCGACCUUGAUGAAUAUAUUGAAGCUGCACAGCUUCACGAUAUUUUCUCCAACUUCGGCGAAGUGGUUUCCUGCAAGAUCCCGUUAACGAAUGGCAAGCCUCGUGGCGACGGCUACGUCACAUUCUACAAGGAAGAAGAUGCCAUGCGUGUUAAGAAUGAUCUUGCUCAAGCUUCUAUCAACGGCAAACCAAUUCAAAUUGUGUUAUACUGUAAGCCAACCAGGAAGAACUCAGAAGAAACGUUUACAAAUGUAUUUAUCAAACCUUUACUAGUCAAAUACUUCAAAACGAACGAAGACCUUGCUAAACUCAUGAAAGAUUUUGGUGAAUUUGUUAAUCCAUCUAUCAAGUUCAAUGAUGACGGAACAAGCAGCGAAUUUGGUUUCUGCAAUUUCAUGUACCACCAAGAUGCCGUUAAAGCAGUAGAAUCACUCAAUGGAAAGAUGCACAUUUCAGGAGAGUUCGAAUUUGUCUGCUGCCGUGCCCAGACUAAAGCAGAGCGCCAAGCCUUCUUAGCGGAGCAGUCCGCCGAGUUCCGCCGCCGCCUUUACGAAGAGACACGUGGUCGUAACCUUUACAUCAAGAACAUCGACCGAAGUAUCAAUGAUGAAGAAUUCGAAGAAUACUUCAAGCAAUUCGGUGAAGUUGAGAAGUGCCUCAUCAGUCGCGAAGCUCAGGAGCCACACGAAUCUAAAGGUUUCGGCUUUGUUCUUUUCAAGACAAAGGAAGGAGCUCAGAACGCUUUGAAAAACACAAUUAUUACUCCACUCAAAGGCAAGAUCCUAUAUGUCAAUUACUUCAUAAUGAAAGAAGAGCGCGAGCAUAUUUUGCCGAUGGACCAACCAAAGACAUAUCUUAACUUUAUAAAGACUAAACUGUCAGAGAGAGGAUUCCCCAACAAACAAAAGAAAAAAAAUUCUCUAUUCAAUCUCAGAAGAACAAGCUCAAGAACUCUGCAGUGA